AUGUACCUCUUCAUAGUUUGGGUCGGACCAAAGAUAAUGAAAAACCGACAGCCAUUCAAACUAACAUGGCUGUUAGUACCAUACAAUCUGACAAUGGCGGCGCUCAACGCCUACAUAGCAAUUAGGUUAUUAACAGCGUCGUUUAGAUUGAGAUACAGUUAUAUAUGUGAGCCCUGUCGGCAAAAAUACGAUCCGGAUGAAUUGCAAAUCGCAGACGCAGUUUGGUGGUAUUACUUCUCGAAGCUUCUAGAAUUUUGUGACACGUUCUUCUUUAUUCUACGAAAGAAAGAUGAACAGCUGACGUUUUUACAUGUGUAUCAUCAUUCAACCAUGUUCAGUUUCUGGUGGAUCGGUAUUAAGUGGGUGCCCAGUGGAUCAACAUUCCUUCCUGCAAUGGUGAACAGUGCUAUUCAUGUGCUGAUGUAUACAUACUAUGGUCUCUCCGUGUUCGGUCCGUCGGUCAGCAAAUACCUAUGGUGGAAAAAAUACCUUACAAUUUUGCAACUGAUUCAAUUCACCUGCGCACUUAUCCUUGGUGUCAAUGGCAUUAGAACGGGCUGUGAAUUUCCUUUGUGGAUGCAUUACGUGCUUAUCAUCUAUAUGAUCUCUUUCAUCGUGCUUUUUGGCAACUUCUAUAUGAAAGCUUACAUUGCUAAGGGAAGUAAAUGCAUGGAAGUGAGAUACGGCCAAUGUUUGGAUGACGAUGAAACGAGAUCACAUAUGAAACUGAAAGAUAAUUGA